AUGGGUGUUGUUAAGACGGAGGAGGAGGAGAUGGAGGAGAAUGAGGAGGGAGGGGUGGUGAAGACUGAGUGUCCGUAUGAAGAGGAUGAUGGGCAAGGGGCGUUUGAGGUACAGGGUAAAGGUGAUGAUGACGGUUGUCAUGUGAAAGUUGAUGUGUGUGAUGAUGUUGAUGACCGUGCUGAUGCGGAUGAUGAUGCUGAUGAUGAUGGCCGUGUCGAUUUGAACUCGGAUGGGGACGCUGAUGAUGCUGAUGCUGAUGCUGAUGCUGAUGCUGAUGCUGAUGGUGAUGCUGAUGCUGAUGCUGAUGCUGAUGGUGAUGCUGAUGAUGAUGGUGAUGCUGAUGAUGAUGUAGGUUGUGACAUUGAUGUUGAUGCUGGUGGUGGUGAUGGUAAUGGCGAUGCCGGUGGUAAUGGUGAUGGUGAUGAUGCUGAUGAUGACGAUGAGGAUGUAGUGUUUCUGGAUGAGAAAGAAGCGGACGCGAUUCCACAAGCUCAGAUCACUCCUAGUGGCGGUGGCGGUGCUGCAGUGGUGGCCCACUUCUGGCAGGAUGAGGCGGAAUACAACUCCCUGCACAAGAUGCGAGCACAGGACACGGGCCUUCCGUGGGGAGUGAUGCAGGGGUGUGAGGGGUGCCGCUACCGCGGGUGCUACCGGUGCUGCCACGUGUCGUCACGAUGGAAGCCGGAUCAGUCGCGACGGCCCUCCGUGGGAGAGGCUCCCACGUUCUACCCCACUGCCGAGUCCAUCCAGCGGCUAGCAGAGGAGCACGGGAUAUGCCGCAUCGUGCCACCCGCCUCCUGGACUCUCCCUGCGGGCGCCUCUCUCUCCCUGGAGCACCAGCGCUCCCUGCGCUGUGCCUACCCCACCCGCGUGCAAGAGAUCAGCCGCCUGCAGGUGAGAGCGAGUAAGCCAGUGGUUUCAGAUGAGCUUCUGAGACGCCUUUUGAGGCGCCUCAAAAGGGCGAGGCACACGCUGAGACAGUUCCAGGCGUAUGCCGAGCGGUUUGAAAGGACCUAUUUUGAAGGAGCGGGGGAGGGGAUGGAGGGAGGUGGGGUGGGUGGUGGUGCGAGGGGGAGUGGAGGAGAAUUUUUGUGUUCGGGAAGUGGAAAUGGGAAUGUGGGUGGGGGUGGAGGUGGGAGGAAUGGAGGGGUGCCGACGUGGGAGCAAGUGGAGGGGGAGUUCUGGAGGGUUGUGGAGGCACCAAGAUUUGUGCUGAUCACUGUGCUUCCGUUGAUCGCUCUGCUUCCAUUGAUCUCUGUGCAUGUGCAGGUGCUGUAUGCAUCUGACGUGCUGUAUGCAUCGGACGUGGAGAGGCACAACAUACCACGCGCUGCUCCCACCACACCGCACGUGAAAGCAAAAGCAGCACCAAGUCCUGAUGCAGAACCCUCAGGCCUGGCAACACUCGCAGCACUAGCAGCACUGGCUGAUGCUGAUCUGAAUGGUGCUGAAGGGUGGGCCCGGAGGGGCGUUGAUACAGCAUCAACCCCAGCAACCCCAGCAACUCCAGCAGCACUCGCAGCACUAGCAGCUCUCCACGCUGCUGAUUCGAAUGGUGCUGAAGGGAGGGGCGUUGGUACAGCAACCCCAACAGCACCUGCAGCAGAUUCGGCAGCAAUGGAAGACCCGAUCCUGCCACCGGUGCUGCUAUCUAUACGAAAUACAGUACUGCCACCGCUGCCAGUGCUGCCGACACUCAUGCAGCACCAAGCGAGUCACUACAGCAGCAGCAGCAGCGUUGCAAGCAGCAUGGGUGUAUGCAGAAGCAGCAGUAUCAGCAGCAGCAGCGUCCGCGCCGCCGCCGGCGGUGGCGGCAUUGGCUGCGGUAAUGGCAGCGGUUUUGAUCGCAAUGCUGCUGAUGGUGGUAGUAGAGAUGGUGGUUCUGGUGGCACUGGUGGUGGCGGCGGCGGCGGCGGCGGCGGCAGUGGCGGUGGUUGUGGAGGGACGUGGGACAUGUCGAGUGUGGCGCGCAUGGGCCCAUCAGUGCUGCAGUUUGAGGAAGAGCCUAUAUCAGGCAUCACUGCACCCUGGGUCUACUUCGGCAUGUGCCUCUCCUCCUUCUGCUGGGUGUGUGCCAUCUCUCCCUCCUCCCCUACUCCCCUCUUCCCAUUCCUCCCCUUUGUUCUCCCUCUCCUCGUCCUCCUCCUCCGUCCUCCCAUUCCUCCCCUCAAGUCCCCACUCUUUCUCUCUUCCCCUCUUCUCCCCCUCCUCCCCCUCCUAAGAACCUUUCCCCUCUCCCUCUUCUGCUCUUUAAAUCUCUGUUGCUGUUUCUUCCUCUCUGUUCUCUCUUCUGCGCCAGCAGCAUGCGCUUGCUUCAUGCGCUCUCUACCCAUCUCUCAAUUGCAUCCCGCCCGUCCAUCCCGUCCGUCCAUCCCAUCCGUCCAUCCCAUGCACGUGGCAGCAUGUGGAGGACCAUCAUCUCAACUCGCUCAACUACCUGCACUGGGGGCGCCCCCGACAAGGUGUGGUACGGAGUGGCCAGCAGGCAUGCAGAGCGGUUGGAAGCGGUGA